CCCCCCCACACCCCCGGCACGGCUGAGGGGGCGCGCGGUGCACGCCGGGACGGCAGCGCGCGCCGCGGCCGGGAGGAGGCGGAGGAGCCAAGAUGGACGCCGGGUUCUUCCGCGGAACCAGUGCAGAGCAGGACAAUCGCUUCAGCAACAAGCAGAAGAAGCUGUUGAAGCAGUUGAAGUUUGCAGAAUGCUUAGAAAAGAAGGUGGACAUGAGCAAAGUAAAUCUGGAAGUAAUCAAACCAUGGAUAACAAAACGAGUAACAGAAAUCCUUGGAUUUGAAGAUGAUGUAGUAAUUGAAUUUAUAUUCAACCAGUUGGAAGUGAAGAACCCAGAUUCCAAAAUGAUGCAAAUCAACCUGACUGGUUUUUUGAAUGGGAAAAAUGCUAGGGAGUUCAUGGGAGAACUGUGGCCACUGCUAUUAAGUGCACAAGAAAACAUUGCUGGUAUUCCAACUGCAUUUCUGGAACUGAAGAAAGAAGAAAUAAAACAACGACAGAUAGAGCAGGAGAAACUGGCUUCCAUGAAGAAACAAGAUGAAGACAAAGAGAAGAGAGAUAAGGAAGACAAAGACAACAGAGAGAAAAGAGACAGAUCCAGGAGUCCAAGAAGACGCAAGUCCCGCUCUCCGUCCCCGCGGCGGCGGUCGUCGCCCGUGCGCCGCGAGCGGAAGCGCAGCCACUCCCGCUCCCCCCACCACCGCACCAAGAGCCGCAGUGCCACCCCUGCCCCCGAGAAGAAAGAGGCCACUCCUGAGCCAGAGCCCUCCGUGAAACCAAAGGAGACUGUUGUGCAAGAGGCAGCUUCAAACAGUGAUAUCCCAAAAGCUCCUAAACCUGAACCACCUGUACCAGAGACUAAGGAAACUUCACCAGAACGUAAUUCAAAGAAGGAGAGAGAGAAGGAGAAGGAGAAGACUCGUCAGAGAUCCCCAUCUCGGUCCAAGUCCAGGUCAAGAUCCCGGUCCCGGUCUCCAUCUCAUUCUCGACCCAGAAGGCGCCAUAGAUCACGGUCAAGGUCUUACUCCCCUAGAAGGCGACCCAGCCCGCGGCGCCGGCCGUCCCCGCGCAGGAGGAGCCCGCCCCGGAGGAUGCCUCCCCCACCCAGGCACAGGAGGAGCAGAUCCCCCGUGAGGCGGAGAAGACGCUCCUCGGCCUCGCUGUCCGGCAGCAGCUCCUCCUCGUCCUCGUCGCGCUCCCGCUCUCCACCAAAGAAGCCUCCCAAGAGACCCGCGUCCAGCCCCCCCCGCAAAACGCGCCGGCUGUCCCCCUCGGCCAGCCCCCCCCGGCGCCGCCACCGGCCCUCGCCCCCCGCCAGCCCCCCGCCCAAGCCCCGCCGCUCGCCCACCCCCCAGCAGUCCAACCGCGCCCGCAAGAGCCGCGGCUCCGUCUCGCCCGGCAGGGCUUCAGCACCCAAACAUAAGAGUACUGAGAAAAGAGAGUCUCCUUCGCCAGCACCCAAGCCCAGGAAAGCAGAGUUGUCGGAAUCAGAAGAAGACAAAGGAGGCAAAAUGGCUGCAGCAGAUUCUGUCCAACAGAGGCGCCAGUACAGGAGGCAAAAUCAACAGUCUUCAUCUGAUUCUGGUUCUUCAUCUUCCUCAGAAGAGGAGAGGCCCAAGAGGUCGAACGUGAAGAACGGGGAGGUGGGCAGGCGCCACCGGCACUCGCACUCGCGCAGCCCCUCGCCCCGCAAGCGCCAGAAGGAUUCCUCCCCUCGGAUGCAGAUGGAAAAGAGGUGGCAAUCACCAGUGAUGAAAAGCAGGAGGAGGAGGAGCCCCUCGCCGCCCCCCGCGCGCCGGCGCCGCUCCCCUUCCCCGGCGCCCCCGCCCCGGCGCCGCCGCUCCCCGUCCCCGCCCCGCCGAAGGUCUCCGUCACCGCCCCCGCGCAGACGUUCUCCCUCUCCACGGAGAUACUCCCCCCCGAUCCAGAGGCGAUAUUCCCCAUCUCCCCCUCCCAAGAGGAGAACAGCUUCUCCUCCUCCCCCUCCCAAAAGAAGGGCCUCCCCUUCCCCCCAGUCCAAGCGCAGAGUCUCCCACUCCCCACCGCCAAAACAGAGGAGCUCCCCUACUGCUAAGCGGCGCUCCCCUUCCGUAUCUUCCAAGCACAGGAAGGGGUCUCCUCCCAGCAGAUCCAACAGGGAAACACGUUCUCCACCGCAAAACAAAAGGCAUUCACCUUCACCACGGCCUCGAGCUUCCCACCCCUCCUCCAGCCCUCCGCCGCCGCGCCGGGGAGCGUCGGCGUCGCCGCAGAGGAGACAGUCGCCCUCGCCCAGCAGCAGGCCCAUCAGGAGGGUGUCCAGAACGCCAGAACCCAAGAAAACAAAGGCUUCCACCCCCAGCCCCCGGCGCGUGUCCUCGUCCCGCUCUGCGUCAGGGUCACCUGAGACAGCUCCCAAAAAACACCAAGGACCUGCAUCUCCUGCCCGCUCUCGCUCUCCUUCUGCCAACUGGUCACCUGCAAAAAAGGCCAAGAGCCCAACUCAGAGCCCGUCGCCUGCCAGGAAUUCAGAUCAAGAAGGUGGUGGCAAGAAGAAGAAGAAAAAGAAGGAUAAGAAGCAUAAAAAGGAUAAAAAGCACAAGAAACACAAAAAGCAUAAGAAGGAGAAGGCAGCAGCAGCUGCAGUGGCUGCUGCUGUGGCUCCAGCAGACACCACCUCAGCACAGGGAGAGCAGGAAGCAGAGACAGAACCCAAAAAGGAGACAGAAAGUGAACCCGAGGACAACCUGGAUGACCUCGAAAAGCACCUGCGGGAGAAGGCCCUGAGGUCCAUGAGGAAGGCGCAGGUGUCCCCCCCCUCCUAGGCCAACCCUUUGAUAUAAUGUACAUUUUAUUUGGUUUGUACUCAGAAUUCAAUUUCAAAUUGCUAAAUGUGUUUGAGCUUUAGAAUAUAACAUUUGUUGUAAUAAUUGCUAGGUUGAGGUUCACCAUGUACAAAGGGCAUGGAUUUACAUUACAAAAGGUGUCCACAGUGUACUAGUGACAUUCUUUCAUUGACAGUCAGCAUAAUUUCAUUUAGAGUGAGACUUUUUAGAAGCAGUAGGAGUUUGUUUUGGAGGUUUGAAACAUGACCAGUCAGUUCCCUCGUUUCUUUGAAAUCCAGCAGAGCCUUGAGCAGAAUUUGUGAGGGGCUCAUUUGACUUCUUUUGUAUCACUUACAUGAUGCUACUAACCUUUGUGGUUUGUAGGCUUGCCCAGGAGUAAAACCACUGCAGAAUUCAAGGAAGUACAUCUCUACUUUAAUGCUUUCUACUGUUGCCUGUAUAGUCUCCAUUAAAGCCAAUCAAGAAUAGCAAUUUAGAGUGGUACAUAAAUGAAAGCAUGUUGUUUACCAGGACACUGUGGGUUUAUAUUGAUGUAACAUGUUGAUUUGGAACACUGGAAUUUCAUUUGUAUUUUUAUGUUCUUUUUUUAAAGGGCAGUUUCCAUGAUCAGCAGACCCAGAAAAAAAAAUAAUAAUUCCUUCAGUUCCAUAAAUUUUGUUUGUGAGCUGUCGUUGCCCCAUUCAUAAAUCUUGUCUCGUUACGGUUCUUCAGAAUGGUCUGAGCAACUUUCAGAGCUGUGUUCUUUGAAAGUGUAGAGGAACCUGAACUUUGGAUAUUGUCAUGUUUUCACUGUUCUUUGUUUUUGUUUUUUUAACUAAAGCUAUAUAAAGCUUGUGGAUUAAACAAAAUAAAUUUCUAAAUUUAAACAGA